UGUUUUCUAACCUAUCAACUCCCUCUAAUUGUCUGGAACGGAACACACUGCACCGGCACUAAUUCUCAAUGCAAUUUUCCCGCUCUCUUCUAUCAUCUUCGAUCCAAAUUUGGGUUUAGGGUUUUGGUAUCAUCCUCUGCCACCACCACCGCAUUGUCAGUUCCGAAGAUUAACUUUAUUUGUGUACAAAUUGGCACUGCCUCUGCUGUCAGUUGCUUCUAAUUUCUCUAAAUUUUAGGGUUUAGUUUUUUAAUUUAACAAUGAUGUAUGGUGACCAUCAAUUCCAACAACAACCACCACCGCAGCAGCCAGGCGGUGAUUUUCUCAGAGGUCCACUGCCACCGCCGCCACCUAUGAUGCGACAGCCUUCGGCCUCUUCAACCACUCUCAAUUCCUCUGAUUUUCACCAUCCACCAGCUCCUCAUGGUCCUCCUCAACCUCCUUACGACGUUAAUGGUGAUAAUAUUGGUGCAAGAAGAAUGAGAAGGCUUACACAAAGGAGAGCAGUUGAUUACACAAGUACUGUUGUUCGUUACAUGCAGAUUCGUAUGUGGCAGCGGGAUUCUAGAGAUAGGACUGUGUUGCAACCUACUCCAGCAGCAGCAAUUGAUUUGUUACCUACAGCUGCCUAUUCUGAGAAUCCAUCAACAAGCUUUGCUACAAAGUUUGUUCAUACAUCUCUUAACAAGAACCGUUGUUCAAUUAAUCGUGUUUUGUGGACUCCUAAUGGAAGACGUCUAAUCACAGGCUCUCAAAGUGGGGAAUUUACUCUUUGGAAUGGACAAUCAUUUAACUUUGAGAUGAUCCUUCAGGCCCAUGAUCAAGCAAUCAGGUCUAUGGUAUGGAGUCAUAAUGAUAAUUGGAUGGUCUCUGGUGAUGAUGGCGGAGCAAUUAAGUAUUGGCAGAGCAACAUGAAUAAUGUCAAGGCUAAUAAAACUGCUCAUAAAGAAUCAGUACGCGACUUAAGUUUCUGUAGGACAGAUCUGAAGUUCUGUUCUUGCUCCGAUGAUACGACCGUUAAAGUUUGGGACUUUGCCCGAUGUCAAGAAGAGCGAUCAUUAACUGGCCAUGGUUGGGAUGUGAAGAGUGUUGACUGGCACCCUACAAAAUCUCUUUUGGUUUCAGGUGGGAAAGACAACCUUGUAAAACUUUGGGAUGCUAAAAGUGAGAGAGAGCUUUGCUCGUUUCAUGGCCACAAGAACACAGUGCUCUGUGUCAAGUGGAAUCAAAAUGGUAACUGGGUGCUAACCGCUUCGAAGGAUCAAAUCAUUAAGCUUUAUGAUAUUAGGGCUAUGAAGGAGCUUGAGUCUUUCCGUGGCCACCGAAAAGAUGUGACUGUCUUGGCUUGGCAUCCAUUUCAUGAAGAGCACUUUGUCAGUGGUAGUUUUGAUGGGUCCAUUUUCCAUUGGCUUGUCGGGCAUGACACUCCUCAGAUUGAAGUUCCCAAUGCUCAUGAUAAUAGUGUAUGGGAUCUUGCAUGGCAUCCUAUUGGAUAUCUUCUUUGCAGCGGUAGCAACGAUCAUACAACAAAGUUUUGGUGCAGAAAUAGACCAGGAGACACUGCUCGUGAGAAAUUUAACAUGGGUCAGAAUCAAGGGUAUGAUGGGCAAAACCCUGCUCUUGCCGGUCGCUUGCCUGGUAAUUUUCCUGUACCUGAACCACCGACAACACCAGGGUCAUUUCCCCCGGGAUUGACUCGAAAUGAAGGAACCAUUCCUGGUAUUGGAGCUGCAAUGCCGCUAUCAAUUUCAUCUCUAGAUGCAUCAGCUCAAGGGGAGCAGAAACAACCACUUUCGAUGUCCAUGCCUCUAGGAGCCCCUCCUCUACCUCCUGGUCCUCAUCCAUCUCUUCUUGCUGGCAAUCAGCAACAGGUAUAUCAACAAAACCCUCAACACAUGGCACAACAACAACAUCAGGGGCUCCCUCAGCAAAUGCAUUCUAUGCCGAUGCCACCUCCAAAUAUGCAGCAGCUACAACCAUCACAUUUUCCUCAUCCUCAUCUAUCUCGCCCUCCACAAAUGCCCCCUCAUGGCAUGCCGGGCUCAGUGCCUGGUCCUUCAUCACAUCAACUGCCAAUGCCUGGUCCAAUGGGGAUGCAAGGUGCAAUGAAUCAGAUGGUCCCUCAGAUGCCACAAGGCCAUUUUAUGGGCUUAAAUCAGAUGCACUCAGGAUCAUUACAAACUAAUGCUGCUCCUCCAGGUGGAGGCUUUCCUAAUGGCAUGCCUAAUAUGCAAGGCCCGUCAAAUACUGGCGGGGGGCAAAUGUAUCCGCAAGGUAGCCCAUUCAACCGGCCGCAAGGUGGACAGAUGCCAAUGAUGCCAGGAUUUAGUCCUUACCAGUCUGGGAAUCAAUCCGGUAUGCCUCCACCACUUCCACCUGGCCCUCCGCCACAUGGCCAAACACCUCAGUAGACCAUUUUUGUUAAAUCACAGAGCAACUGUGGAUUCGGGAUGGACGGAGACGAUGACUUGCCCGAGCUUUACUUGUGUUCAGCUGAUAAGAAUUUCCAUGCUUAGUGCCUUAGGAUAUUCUUUUAGCUUCAUCUCUGUAAUCCUUGUAUAGUUUAGUUAGCAUGUACUUUCUGAUUUUUAAUAAGAGAAGUUUAUUUGCAA